UGGCCGUGGGAUUGCACCAGUAGGAAGGCGCUCAGCUUGGGGUUGACAGAAGGCAGGACAGGACGGGGACUCUCCGGGCGGCGGCGUUUUAUCGGUGGAGUAACAGCGGCGGACCGUGAUGGACAGGACGGCCGUGGUGAAGGUCGGAGCCGCGGCCAGUGCCAGCGUCUGUGCCCUGUUCGGAGGUGUGGUUCUGGCCCAGUACAUCGUCGCUAAGAAGAAGAGAGCGGGCAAGAAAACGCGGAUCAUAGAGAUGAUGCCUCAAUUUGAGAAGUCGACGGUCCACAUGAAGGACCCGGAGAGGGUGGAGCAGAUCAUUUGUGGCCUCAUCAAAGGAGGAGCCUCCAAACUACAGAUCAUCACAGACUUUGACAUGACGUUAAGCAAGUUUGCAGUCAACGGCAAACGCUGUCCAACAUGUCACAAUAUCAUUGAUAACUGUAAGCUGGUGACGGAGGAUUGCAGACAGAAGCUGCUACAGCUGAAGAAUAAAUAUUAUCCCAUUGAGAUCGACCCUCAUCUCACCACAGAGGAGAAAUAUCCAUUCAUGGUGGAGUGGUAUUUCAAGUCCCACACACUCCUGGUGGAACAGCGGUUAGAGAAAGACAAACUGUCAGAGGUGGUGAGAGAGUCUGAUGCUGCACUCAGGGAAGGCUAUGAGCAGUUCUUUGACCGCCUGCAUCAGCAUAGUGUGCCUGUCUUCAUCUUCUCCGCCGGCCUGGGCGAUGUCCUUGAGGAAAUCAUCCGCCAGGCCGGAGUCUACCACCCCAACGUCAAGGUGGUCUCCAACUUCAUGGACUUCGAUGACAACGGCGUCCUGAGGGGUUUCAAAGGCGAGCUGAUCCACGUUUACAACAAACACGACGGCGCCCUGCGAAACACGGAGUACUUCAAACAGCUCAAAGAAUACCACAACAUCAUCCUGAUGGGAGACUCACUGGGGGACCUCAGCAUGGCUGACGGCGUGCCCAACGUAGAGAACAUGCUCAAGAUUGGCUUCCUCAACGACAAGGUGGAAGAGCGACUGGACAAAUAUCUGGACUCUUAUGACAUCGUCCUGGUAAAGGACGAGACUCUGGAAGUGCCCAACGCCAUCCUCCAGAAGGUUCUAUAACUCCACCCCCCUCCACUCUUCACUCCUCUCCUCCCAUCAGUCCCCGUCAGCGGGGGGCCCGUUGGACUCCAAACACCGACAGAAAGCUCCACCACUGACCCACAUCAUCUCUGUGUAACCCCAACUGAGCCAUCUCUCAGCUCCCCUCACCUUGUUAAAGCCUUUAAAGACAUUUUUUAAAGUCGUCACAGCAGCGUCAGCCUAUCUCUGGUGUGUUUUUGUCCGUUGAGUCAUUUCUGACAUUCUCUCAAAUUGUUUUAUGAUGAAAGAAAAACCAAAAGUGAGAUAAAAGACACCUGAAGCUCACUCUAUCUUUAUUAUUUGCACAUUAUUGUUAACAUUUAAUCCAUAGGGUUAUUUUUGAUAUGGUGAAAUUUGUUUAUCAUAAAGCAGACAUGGUGUUUUCUUUGUCCCAGCAUGCAUCAGGUUCACAUCAUGUGCAGCAACUAAAGGACCUUGUAAAUUCUCAGUUUAAGUGAAACAUGCUCCCAGGUUAAAUCAGCAAUAAAGAGACCACUAAGUCAGUAUUUAAUGGGAUUAAAGCAGGGCACAGAUCGUGAAGAUGAGCAGGGAAAAUGCACUUUAAGCUGCAUGUAGCGGUGGACUCAGCCUGUACAUGAACACUUGUGGCAGUAGUUUGGAUUUGUGAAUGUAGGGACGCGUUCUUGCACACGAUUUUUGACCCUAAUGUGUUCUUUUGGCAUCAUAUCAACAAAGAAAGAAGAAUUAGCUCUUUAUUCUUCAACUAAACAAGUUUCCCUUUAAAUUUGUGAGCUUCUUAUUGCUAAAUUUAACUUUUAAGUGUUGUGUUUAGGACUAACAAUGACCUCUGGUGGUCAUUAAUGAGAAAACAGUAAAAAAAACACCUCCAACCAAAGUAUAAGUAUGAAAAACCAGAUUAAAGUGCACCAUAUCAGUGAAAGAAGGAAGCACACUGCUGUUUGGGGCUCAGCUAGACCCAGAAUAAACCUAAUUAAUGAAAAUCUCGUCAUUCUGUGGUUACCAUUGAGCACUACCUCUGAAAUAUUCAGACUUUUUUUAAAGCUACAACAUCUCCAUUUGUCUGAAGUUGUGCUGAAUGUUCUCUUUAAAUCUGUUUGUGUUUUUAAUGUGCUGCUAUCACCUGCAUGUUGCCUUUUUCAGUUUCUGUCAAAGAAAUGGGUGACAAAAAGAUCUAUAUAAAUCAAUACAUGGGGAAUAAUGUAAUAUUGUAAAUGUGGGAGUUAUAAAUAUGGAAAUGUUUGAUGUUAAGCUGGAGAAAAAAUCUCCAGAGUUAUAGACCAGAGUCAUAGAGCGGUGUGUUGUAUUUUUAUAAAGAGAUGGCUUUUUCUUUUCUUUGAUGCUGUGAUUUGAAAAUGCAAUAAAAAGUCAUUUUGUGAACUGUGA